UAGUUGUACUUAAUUAUGAAAUCAAAAAUAUUUUAUCUGUGACAGUUUUUUUAAUAUUUCUUUAAAAUUAUCUUUAAUGCAUUUAGUACUAACAAUUAAGUUCAAAAAUCAAAUUAUUAUAUGAAUUAAAUGAUUUCUAAUAAUAGUUUAACAUAACUAUUAUAUUAAAAACCAUAACAAGAUUUAGCAAUAAAUAAUUAUAUAAAAAUAAAUUUAUACAAAAGUAAAAAAUGAAUAGUUCCUAUAUAACUAAAACAGAAAUUAAAUCCCCUUUUUUGAUUGGAGUUGCUGGUGGUACUGCUUGUGGGAAGUCAACAGUGUGCAAAAAUAUAAUAGAAAAACUUGGCCAAACAAAUUUAGAUGAAACCAGGAGACAAGUUGUAUCAAUUAGUCAAGAUAGUUUUUAUAGAGAAUUAAAUGCAACAGAAAAGAUCAAAGCUGCUAAAGGACAAUUUAAUUUUGAUCAUCCUGAUGCAUUUGAUGAAGUUUUUAUGUAUCAAACAAUGGCUGAUAUCCAAGCUGGUAAGACUUGUACGAUACCUGUUUAUAACUACAAAACUAACUCAAGAAACAAAGGUGAAGACAUUGUAAUAUAUCCAGCUGAUGUUGUUAUUGUUGAAGGGAUACUUGCAUUUUAUUUUCCAGCAAUAAGAGAAUUAUUUCAUAUGAAAUUAUUUGUGGAUACAGAUUCAGAUACUAGAUUGGCAAGGCGAGUUCCUAGAGAUAUUAAUGAAAGAGGCAGAGAUUUGGAACAAGUUUUAAACCAGUAUAUGAAUUUUGUUAAACCUGCAUUUGAAGAAUUCUGUUUACCAACAAAAAAGUUUGCUGAUAUAAUAAUUCCGAGAGGAGCAGAAAACUUUGUUGCCAUUGAUUUGAUUGUUCAACACAUCAGAGAUUUAUUAAACAGUGAACAAUGCUCUCAACAUGAAAAUUCUGAUGGAAGUAUUCCGUUAUCUAGUGUCAAUAAUAAUCCAUCAAGACUUCAUUAACCUCAAUUCAAGUAAUCACUUUUAGAAGAGAAGAAUUGAAAUUAAUAUUUUUUGUAUAUUUUUAAUGUUACAAAGAGUAGUACAAUAAACAUGAAGGUAAAAAUGUAACUAUGAAAAAUAUUUUGUAUAAGUACAAUAUAUUAUGUAUAAAUUAUUAUUCUUGAAAAAAUAAAAUAACUUAGCAAACAA